AAACAAACACCACCUCCGUUUUCCUUUCAGCUAUCAUAAUAUUUCUAUAUAUUGUCUGCUCAGUACUCUCAAUUAUUAUCUUCACUCGUUCGGUGGUUCGGUUCGCUCGCGCGUUGCGCAAUAGCUAUUUGUUUUUUUUUUUUUUUUGUACAUAUUACAUAGUAAAUUAUCGUCCCAUAGCGUUACCCUUUACCACCUAUACACUGCACAGUACAUUUAAUUAACUUGUAGUAAUUUAAUACCGUAUUAGUGCAAUAUCUAUAGUAAAAUCGUACGAUUUAAUCAAGCCCAAGCAUUAUAUUAUAACCUUUGUUAACAAACGCAAACCUUGCAGGUAACCUGAUUCAAGUUCGAAGCUGUACGUUCUACAAACGAUAUUUUCAGAUUUUUAUUCACGUGUUAUUUUUAGCUGUCAGUGAGAUCAAUUGUUUUGCUGUCAAAAUGGGUAUAACUAAGAGGCCUGCUAGCAAUUGCAGCGAUGAAAUACUCCCAGUCGAAGUCGAUGAACUCGUGGAAAAUACGAUUUACUCAUCUACCAAUACUGAUGCCAGUGAUGAUUCAGAUUAUGAAAUGAUGAUGCCAAAUGUCACCAUAGUUGAUUAUUCGACAUACUACAGAAAUCUCUGCCCUGAAUUAAGGAUUUCCUACAAUGUUGAAUAUGAUAAUCCAGAUGCUGAUACUAAACCGGCAUCAUAUAAGAAAAAAAAUAUUUCUCAAAUGGGACGCAAGAAAGCAAAUCGUGCACAAAAUGAAAAUUUUCUUCUGUCUUUGAGCGAUGAAUAUGAAGAUGAUAUAUUUUGUAAUGACAACAAAAACGGAUUCAUGAAAGCAAUCAACAGUCUUUCGACUCUGCCUGGUUUGAAAGAAUCAUUUAUUGAAGGAAAUGACGAACUCGUACUACCAAAACGCAACAAACGUUCUGCUGCUGAAAUGAAUACUGAAAAAAAGCCAAAACGAAGCAUUCGCCCUGAUUUGGCAUUCAAAAAUCUGACUACUUCACAAAAAUCCCUAUUCAAACAGAAAAGUUUACCUUUUGCCGCUAUAGAUCAUCUAGAAACCGAAGUUGUCCGAUAUUUUUCACUUGUACCAAAUGGCAUUUACACAUCAGCCCCAUUGCCAAGUUAUAAUCGAAUUCUGCUGCACAGUAUCGUCCGUUACUAUUCAUUGGAUGCCAUGAGUGUGAAUAGCCGUGGUCGGCGCACUCAGAAAAUUGUACAAGUACGCAACAGCCGUUUUGACGAUUUCAAACCACCUCAUAUGAGCCUGUUGAAAUACAUAUUAAGUCAAAACAGCUAAACAACAGAUCACCAUCAUUAAUGGAUCCAAUGACUAUUGGACAAACAUACAUUUUUUAUUUAGAUUAAUAUAAUAUACUAGACAAGUUUUAAUUUUUUUUUUUGCAUACUUUACACGUUUGUUAUAUUUAUUACGUUUUAAUUUUUAGCUUUGGAGAUAUUUGGGCGGAAGACAUAUUAUAUUUUAUUAAUGUAAUUAUUGACCAAACUAUUAUAUUGUAAACACAAUUUAUAUCAAAUUACUUAACAUUUAUCUUAAUAUAUUAUAUUAUAUUAUACGCUUA